ACAAACUUCCUGGUCUUGGCUUCCUGUGUAGCAAACUCAUGCGCGAAGGUUCGAGAAACAUCGAACAAAAACGUGCAGAUAUUAGUCUAAUCACAACGUAAUACCCACAGUGUCCAGAAGUGUGUUAAAGGAGUAAGAUCAAACCAACAGUAAACAACUAGAUUGUUACUGAAUCUCAGUACAGAAAGGCGUUUAGAAGAGAUCCUACUUUGUGGCGAGAAUCAGUUGUGACGAGUUGAGAUCGAAUCUGAUUUUACUCCGGUAAGAGGGCUAACUGUUUUACUUCCAUGAGUGUGACAUAUUGCUGUGACAACCCACACAAGUAAUCAUGGUGAAGGAGACAGCUUUCUAUGAACUCCUGGGGGUCAACCCGUCGUCCACACCAGAAGAGAUCAAGAAGGCAUACAGGAAGCUGGCUCUCAAAUUCCAUCCUGAUAAAAACCCCAACGAGGGAGAGAAGUUCAAGGCAAUAAGCAUGGCGUACGAGGUGUUAUCCGACCCAAAGAAGAGGCAGAUUUACGACCAGGGAGGGGAGGACGCCAUCAAGGGAGGGGGGACAGGUGGGGAGGGAUUCCAUUCUCCCAUGGACAUUUUUGACAUGUUCUUCCACGGAGGGUCACGGAGACAUAGGCAGCCUUCAAAGGGCAAGGACAUAGUGCACAAGGUCAAGGUUACACUUGAGGAACUGUACAAUGGUGCCACACGGAAACUGGCUUUGCAGAAAAACAUCAUUUGUGGGAACUGUAAUGGACGUGGUGGAGAAUGCAGAAGGUGCGUGAUCACUUGCACCAGUUUAAGGACAAAACAUCUACGAGGUUCUGGGAUGAUGAUUCAGGUGCACCGACUGGCACCUGGCAUGGUACAACAGGUACAGUCUCGAUGCUCGGAGUGUCGAGGUCAAGGGGAGAUAAUCAACCCCAAGCUGCGGUGUAAGACGUGUAUUGGUAACAAGGUGGUCAAGGAGAGGAAGAUACUGGAAGUCCAUGUAGACAAAGGUAUGAAGGACCAGCAGCAGAUUCGAUUCACAGCAGAAGGGGACCAGGAACCGGGGCUGGAACCUGGGGACAUCAUCAUCGUCCUGGACCAGAAACCGCACAGCACCUUCCAACGCCAUGGCAACGACCUCAUCAUGAAGAUGAAUGUAGAGCUUGUAGACGCCUUGUGUGGGUUUGUCCGCCCCAUUGAAACACUGGACCAGAGAGUACUCAAAAUCACAAGUCAUCCGGGUGAAGUAGUGAAGCACGAAGAUGUAAAGUGUGUUCUCAAUGAAGGAAUGCCAAUCUACCGCGACCCAUUCUCUAAGGGACGGCUUGUUAUUCAGAUGACCGUUAACUUCCCAAAAAGCAACUUUGCAACCGAAAAACAACUCAGGGUGAUCAGGAACAUUUUGCCAAAACCUGAAGAAGUGAUUGUAUCUGAUGAUGCAGAGGAAUGUGAUCUUGUGACCUUUGACCCCAAUGCCUCCAAGAAUUCGAGACACGGACAGGCUUAUGAUGAGGAUGAUUAUCACCCAGGUCAACAGCGUGUACAGUGCGCUUCUCAGUAACCAUGGUGAUUCUGAGCAUCGACAGACGAACAAGUGAACUUUUUCAGGACAAAAUUUUAUCGUGGAUGUGACAUGUAUUGAAAUAGAUGUAACAUUUUUGUCUCAUGUUUUGGGCCUAGUUCUGUAUCGUAGUCUUUACAUAUGACUCUGAGUGAAAGUGAUGGAGAAAAGCCUUCAAGUUGGUUUCUAUCAAUGUUUUGAGGACAAGUAUUUUUUUAUUGUGUGUUGCUAGUCUGCACGGGGAGGGGUUCUACACUUGGGUAGCCUAGUGGUUAAA